AUGAGUUCCCUUCUCAUUGGGCUGGUUGCCAUUCUUCUAAUCAUCACAACCUUACUAGUGUCUAUACCUGGAGGCGCACAGCUAUUCCUCUUGAUCAGACUUCCUCUAACCUGGCACACGUCGGCAGCACAUUCAGUUAUUUCACAGCAUUUUGAUGGCUUCGAUGUCACCUUCCGCGCUUACGACAACACAAACACUUCAGUUCCCCCCAGACACGACCCCACCGUAGUUCCUCCACGACUACACCACAUCCUCUUGGGCCCAUCACAGCCGCAUGUGGAACAGUCUAUCGCAAGAGCCGCAUGCUUGAAGCUCCAUCCAGGAUGGCAGCCGUUCUUCUGGGACGACGUCAGCGCAGACGAGUUUGUGCAACAGCAUUUCCCAAAAUACUGGGAGAUGUGGCGGAAUUACCCGUACUGGGAGCAAAAGGUUGAUGCGCUUCGAUACGUGUUGUAUACGGAUGGGGGUGCGGUCCUGGAUCUAGACCUCGAAUGCAAACGCUCGUUGGAACCGUUACGCCGGUUCGAGUUCGUCGCACCAGCCGCUCAUCCAUUUGGGUUCUCCGUUGACAUGAUGAUGGCAUCCCCGCGGAACGCCUUUGUCAAGGAGCUGAUUUGGAAUUUGCCCGCUUUUAAUCGACAAUGGCUGCUGUCUCCGGAUGCAACGGCCAUGUUCAGUACCGGGCGUCAUUAUGCUUCCUGGCGUUAUGCUCAGCGGGAUGAUCAUCCGCUGGUGUCGCAAUGCUCACAGAAGAGAGAAAGCAUUGGUGCAUAG